CUGCACAAGGAAACCAUGAAAAUACAGGAAAAUCUUGUCAGACCAUUUAAGACAAGAGAAGUAUAUCGCCGUCAGAAGACAAAUAUAUAUUUUUUCCAGCACGUAUUGACGGCGCGGAAUGGGCCAUCGCCCAUGAUGGACCCCUCAAUUAAAUGCCACUCAAUUCAUUCGCCGCACAAACACACAAAUAUAGUAUUAUAUUCGAAAGAACGCGUCAGAGAUUUACAUUUUCUCCCUGAGGGAAGAAAUCGGUGAAAAGAUCUGACCCAUCGGAGGCAGUCAGUCAAUCGACGGCCAAAGUCGGGUGAGCUGGGUGCUAAUUUUAGAGUAUUGUUGUGCGAAAAUGGCAAGAGGAAGAGUUAUAUGAUGCCAAUUGAUGGAAUAUUGGUGAUCUUCAGGCUGUAAAUGUACGAUUUGGGAAAUGUGAUGGUGAAUUUGUGGAACUUUUUGCGUUUUGGGGGUUGAUUUUGCUGGAAUUGACGUGCAUUUGAGUGUGGAAUUGAGAUCAGAGUACGACAUUUGGGGAAGAUAUUGGUGGAACUGUGAUUUGGCUUCAGGGCAGGAAGAGGUGGAAGUAAGAUGACCGAUGGAACGUAAAGCGCAACGAGGGAGACAAGGCUCUGCUGUCUGGAGAGGCCGUCAAGUGACGGAUGACAAUGACAAAGGCAUUAGGGUGUCGUCUUACGGCGAAGGAACUUUGAGGGAAUCUAUGUCGCAGAUGACACUGCAAGCAGAGGGCAAAGUCAGUGGCUACCCAGAGAGGCCCGGCCAGCCUGAUUGUGGGCACUACAUGCGUACAGGAUUCUGUGGCUAUGGCAUUAAUUGCCGUUUUAAUCACCCCACCACUGCUAUUAAACAGGUGGAUCGAAAGAAAGGUGAACAUCCUGAGAGAGUAGGACAAAGCGAGUGUCAGUAUUUUUUGAGGACUGGAACUUGCAAAUUUGGGGCAAACUGCAAAUACCUUCAUCCACAUGACAAGGCUGGAAUAAGGCACACUCAAUUGAACAUGUUAGGAUUUCCUAUGCGCAUGGGAGAAAGGGAAUGUACAUAUUACAUGCACACCGGAUCUUGCAAAUAUGGAGCUAGUUGCAAAUUUGAUCAUCCACAGUUUGCUGCUUUGGGAUCAUAUGUGCCUCUAUCGGGUUCUUCGGUAUAUUCAACUGUUGGAUCUCCUUUAGUUCCAUCAUCUAGAGCACAACAUUCUCAUAGCAUUUCAACAUGGCCUUCAUCGCAAACUGGUCAUGUUCAGGAAUCACAUAUCCAAGGGCAGCCACCUUAUAUGCCUGUUAUAUAUUCACCGCAACAGGGCAUACUCUCAGCACCAGUAUGGGGCAUGUACCAAGGUCUUGCAGGUCAUAUGACAUCUGAAAGGCAACAACUGCAAGGUAUAGGUAUGCAUGGGGUGGCACAACCAAAUCAUCCAUAUGUGGGUGGAGCACAAGGCAUUUUUACUCAAUUUGUGCAGGGAUAUUCUACAGCAAUUGUACCUCAAACAGGACAAUAUCUGGCUACUCCUAACCUGGUGGGCACAUAUCCUGAAAGAUCAGGCCAGACAGAUUGUCAGCAUUACAUUACAACCGGGGAUUGCAAAUUUGGUUCUGCUUGUAGAUAUCAACACCCUCAAGGGAGAGUGUCUGAGUCAAUCGCCUGUGUUCUUAGUCCACUUGGGCUACCUAUACGACCUACUCAACCAACAUGCACAUAUUACAAGCGCCGUGGCAUCUGUAAAUUUGGACCAACAUGCAGGUAUAAUCAUCCAAUGCCAGCCAUUUCAUAUAGUCCAUCAUCUUCUUCACUCUCUGACCUACCAGUUGUGCCAUAUCCAAGAGUUAGUUCACCAACAACUACACUUGUUCAGUGCACUUCUUCAGAAACUUCACAAGAAAUCAGAAACAAUGGAGAAGGUGAACCAUUAAGGGAUUUGACACGCUCCGACCAGGAUUGUGGUACUGUGCAUUCAGUGGAUAUAAUAGCAUCUGAAGCUUCUCCAUCAUCUCAUGUUUCUAUUCUGUCUAAGACUGUAUGAAAUUAUUCAGUCGAACAGCGUCUUGUUAAUGGUUUAAUUUAUUGGUAAUACAAUUGAAGCUUGAAAUGGAAGCCUGACGCAGUGCAUAGCUUCCAAGGAUGAUGUCCUUUCAGCAGUCAAGUGUCUAGAAGUUGUAGACCUUGAUGAGUCAUCUAGUUUAUUCUUUUACUUCUGACACUGAACAUAUGUAGUCGAAUAAGGCAGAAACAUAAGCCAUGAAACCCUUCCAAUGUCUAAGUUAAUGACUUUACUUGUAAAUUGCUAUAUUUUGAAAAUUCUGAUGCUCCAGUGAAUGAAGUUUUGUUAUUAAGAAUUUAAGAUA